CGCCUACGCAACUUAACUAGCGCAGAGCCGGUGCCAGCCAAUCAGCUUGCGCGCGCGGCGUAGCGGUUUCAGUAAUGGCGUCUGUGGCUGAGAUGCGCUUGGCUUUAGAAAAAUGAAGCGUAGAAGAACUUACUUCUUGUACUGAAAACGCGGGGUUUCCAUUCGUGAACUUUGCGUGUGAAGCCGUGUCAUCUCGCGGAGGUUUGCGCUCUGAUAUUCGCCAGUUCCCGACGUGCCGAGAUGAUGAAGCUGAAGUCUAACCAAACUCGCACCUAUGAUGGAGAUGGGUAUAAGAAGCGGGCCGCCUGCCUGUGCUUCAGGAGCGAGACCGAGGAGGAGGUGUUGUUGGUGAGUAGCAGCCGACAUCCUGAUAAGUGGAUUGUGCCCGGAGGAGGAAUGGAACCGGACGAAGAGCCCAACGUUGCUGCUGUUCGAGAAGUGUGUGAAGAGGCUGGUGUCAAGGGCACUUUAGGAAGACUAGUAGGAAUAUUUGAGAACCAGGAUAGGAAACACAGGACGUACGUGUAUGUUCUCAUUGUAAAAGAAGUAUUGGAAGACUGGGAAGACUCUCUAAACAUUGGGAGAAAAAGGGAAUGGUUUAAAAUAGACGAUGCCAUACAAGUGUUGCAGUGUCACAAGCCAGUGCAGGCCACCUACUUUGAGGCUCUACAGGAGAGCUGCCUGACCAGCAACGGCACUCCUCUAGUGGCCACGAUAGCUGAAGACCUCUCACCCAGCUACAACAUCAAUCAGAGCUCUGUUUCUGAUAUCAGAUAACUAACGCACAACACUGACACUCCGGAUGCUUCCGCCACCACUCUCGCUCUUAUUCUUUCAGUAUUCUUUUUUUUUUUCUCUUUCUCUCUCUUUUUUUCCUUUUCUCUUAAAAUACAGUUUGCCUUGCCAACCCUUUUUUUUGUGCCAGAGAGGUGGCACAAACUUGACAAAGUGUUGGAUAAAUAUUCAAAAACAUGUUUUGUAAAUGUAAAUUUAAUGUUUGUCGCUCUCUACUCUGAUUUACCCCCCCCCCCCCCAACACACACACACCCCUCUCCUUAAGAAUGGACAGUUGCAUGACCCCCCCCCCUUACUCUUUUUCCCUUUAGUGCCCUCUGUGACCCAAGUGUGAGGUUAAAUGAAUGCAAGAACUACUUUUUACUGUUGUGAUGUAAAUACACGUAGCCUAGUGCUUAUGCUUGAGGCUUUUCAAUAUUUUUUACGCAUCCAUUUUUCUUGUAUGUGAGAGCGAGUGAGCAUGUAUUUGUGUGAGUAGUGCGAGUAUGUGUUUGUUCUCGGAAACCACCCCCAACAACGAGAAGGAAAUGCUUAGUUGCCUGAACGGACGGAGUUGGCGAGAGGUCAGUUGGUUUGCAUGAGCACUGAUAUUUAUUUGUCUUACAAGUUUGGGAACUGAUGAAUGUUCAACCUGUAUUUGGUGUCAGUAGGUCUUUUAAGUGAUCUCUUCCUCCUCUUUUUUUUUUUUUGAUCCCUUGCCAUUUUGUAAAUAUUUUAUGGGUUGACGAAAUACACGCCCGGGUUUAAUUAUGCGUAUUUCCUUACUAGAGUGGUGCCUAAAUGUGUCAGAACACCAACUUUAAAGGGAUCGUAAACCCCCAAAAAUGCUUACAAGGCCAGCAAACAGGGUAAGCCAGCAGGACAUGAUGGUACCUGAUGAGCUGUAUGCUCUGCUCGCAUCUAUUCAUGCUGUAACAUGUAUGGCUGUCAGUGAGUCCUACAGGUCCAGUAACUUCAAUGUUAUUGGUGAUGAUGGUUAUGGGAAAAAUGAUUUUAUUUACAUUUUAACCAGACAAAUCACCACUCAGAACCACUUAAAUUAGAAGGCGUGACAGGGUUGUAGAGUUUACGAGGUGACGUUUGUGAAUGUCAGAGGAUAUAACAGGACAGCUUCUUGGAAAAGACCCUUUUAGGCACAUAUCAAAUGGAUCCUGGUUUCCUCCACCUUUUUAAUUUAUUAGUGUCUCCUGUUACGGAGCUGUUUAUUUGACCUGGUAGGUCAGGCCAGGGUAACAGUCAAAACUAAAUGUGGGCCCAUUAUUGAGGUGCAAACCCCCCCCCCCCCUUUGGUCCCAAAUUAUUUUGCAUAUAUGUGUGGUGGCCUGAGAAAACCCUUCACGUUGGUAGAUUUUGACAUACAAGCUUUCCUGAACUGAAAUAUGUCUAUCCUGCAUGUAUUCUAAUUAAAGCCUGUUCAUACCCCAAAAAUGAAAAUAAAGAAAAUCACAUUUAAAAAUCCCUUUAAAAGAUGCCCCACUUACCUCUAGAUGUAUAAACUCAUCUACAUUUGGAAAAACAUUACAGCCAAAUUUUGAGGAAUUACAAGUUUAUAAUGUGAAAUGAGUCAUCACUGUUGAUUAUCGGCAUCAUCCACAUCCACCUGAGCUAGAAGUCACUCGCAGCAUUUAACCACGAGCCUCAUCGAUGUCUCUUCUGACUGAUCACGGUUUAUGUUCACACUGGUGGGGAACUAAUUGCUGAUGGCUUGAUUUGACACUUAUGUUCAUUUCAGCAUGUUGGGUAGCUUUCGAACAAAGCGUGACAUUUACCGUGUGAGGAAGUCACACUUGGCUAGUGAGGUUUUUAGACGUCUUUAGGCAUUUCCUGCUGCGUUUGUUAAACUGGCUUCUUAACCGAUGUGAUCUUUGCAGACAGCCAGGGCAAGGUAACCUAAAUAGAACCAUUUCUGUGUCGUUUAUGUAGAAUGUAUUUCUUUAGCGAUGUCACAGUGUAUUAUUCAGUCCCUACUGGAUUUUGCAGUCGCAUUAGUGGAACGGCAAAAUCAAAGAAACUCCGCGAUUUUUCUCAGAUUUGGGCCAACACGAGUUGUGUGACCGCAUCAAAACGUGCAUUCGGCCAAAGCCCUAUUCGAUUCACGUGCGUCGAACAUGAGUACAGCUAAAAGGUCUCAUUUACCAGCAAACACCACUGUGAAAGACUGCGCAAAACUAUUUUGUGAAACUGCAAUUUCCACAAUUCAAGGGGUUUUCCGCAAAGAAGCACAAAAACUCCGCACAACUUUUGAAAAAAGCCGCAGCAAGAUCGAGCAUUUUUUGGACGCAACAGUGAAACCCUGUACUGACUGAUAAUUGUUAGGGGGGGGGACCCUAUUUUGGCUUUUUUUGGCCUUGUUUUUUUCUUCUUCUUCUUUCUGUUUUCCAGAAUUUAGUCUCAGCGAUAUCCAACGGGUUACCCCAGACCGCCUGAUAUGUAUCCCUGAAAUUACCACAGGAUUAAACAAAUAAUAAUAAUAUCUCGUUUUAUGUUUAGAACAUUUGAAGGCACUUUUCAGUUUGGCCAAAAGCAGUCCAUUUGAAUGUUCCAAGAAAAAACCCACAUGCCUUAGUCAUCCUACAAAUUUAUUUUAAGCUUGUAAAAAGGCUCAUGCCAAAUGCAUGAAGGCUAACGUGGCCUCUUGUUAGCUUGAUUUGGAUGAGAUGGUAUUAUUUAUGUACGUUGAUCUCUGCACACGAUACCUGCUCAACAGGAACUAUAUAAAAACAUGCAGGGCUAAACAAGGCUGUAACUGAGACCUUGUUUCAAAAUGUAAGAAAUGUGGACCGUCACCCUCCCCUCCUUUAUUCCUCUUUUCUUCUUUGUCUAGUAAGUUGUGUUAGCCAGGUUGCUUACUGCCCUUCUGAUGGCACGCAGCAGUUGGCACAAUACUGUGAAUCUGGAGCCACUGUAGUUAGCCAGACUUUGUUUUCUUUCUGUAUAAACUAAAUUCAAAAAGACAAAGUACAGUAUGUGUGGUUUUUCAUGUUGGGUCUGAUGGUACACAUUGUGAGUUUCUGGUGAAUGGCGAUGGAACUGUUAAAGCCCCCAAACAGGACGCUUGGGAAUUUAUUCUUUUUGGGCUGUUUAAGUUGCUGUAGGUCCAGGUUUACAAUGUUUCUUGUAGCCGAUCACAACAUUUCCCUUCGUUUCUUUGUUUAGAUCAAAUUCCAGCAUGAUCAUUAAUCCGAGUUAAUUUUGAGUCAAUUUAUAGAUGUGCAGAUUGCAGAGUUGGUGAUUUUGCUGGUAUUUAGGAUUUUUCUGGUUAAUUCUGAGAAAGCAAAAAAAAAAAGGCCAAUCUUGAUAUAGGCCAACUCAGCCAAUCCAUAAGAAAGAUUUUGCUAGGUAGGACUUUAUUUCAUUCGUGUAACACUAAAAUCACUGCUUUAGAUUAUUACUUAGUAAUAUAGCUGGGUUUACAAUUAUAUGGUCCUUUCACCAGGUAGAUGGUGUCUUUUUUUUUUUUGGCUCGAGGUUAUAACUGACUUAAAAUGAGAUAAUCUGAUGAAUGUCCCUAAGAUCCAUCACUUUCAUACACAAAUGUUUGUAUGACAUGUUUGGUUUUUUUUUACUAGAUCUCCUGUGCAGCAAAAAGGCUUUGUAGUUGCCCAGAGCUGACUUUGUCUAAGUCUUGUUGAAAAGAUUUCCAAAAUACCAAACAAAAAUUAAGGAUUGGUAACCACUGUAUUUUCUGUCCAGACCAAAAUUGCAUCUUACUAUCAACAGAGCCAGUGUAAUGCAUCAGACCCUGAAUGUAAACUUGUAGAUUAUAUCAAAACACCAGCUGGAUUUAGUAAAAAUGUUCUAAACAAAUCAAUACAUGUCACAUUUUCUUCAGGCUCCAAAAAGGGCUGCUGCCUAUAAAAACCUACAUCACUUAUACAGCCCAUAAAGCUGUGACCUUUCAGCACACCUGGAACGUUUGCUUUGUGAUUUUUGGGAUUGUGGAAUAUACCAGUAUGAGAAUGUAAUAUAAAUGUGCCAACAAAUAAACAUCAGUAUUUCACAUUA